AGAGAAGUUGUAGAUAAAUGGGGAGGAUGGGGAGGCACUAGUUUACGUUAUUAAGGUUAACAGGAGCGAGGGGAUGAUAGAUCACCUGCAGGAGGCAGGUCUAUCUCCUUCCACCAUCUUGAUGUUUUGAUGGGCGUACCAAUUAACCAAAUUACAGGCGUAUGAAUUCAAGCUCUUGGAACAUGUUGAUUUGUAAUAUUUUCCGAAUACAGCAGCGGAAAUAUGAUUCAAAAUCAAAGAGUUGUAUGAGAAAUACUUAUCUUCCUGACGACGUGAUGAUAUUAGCACUACAAGGAUAUCUACUGAUAAAUAUGCGAACCACAACCAAAAAAUUGAUAGAAUGAUAGACCUAGAGAUUACUACUCGAUUCAAACCGGUGAUAGACUCAAUGAUAGAUUAUAAACUUGAUAGAAUGAUAGUUACGACGCGAUGGAGGAAUAUGAGCCAGAACCAACAUAUGAAAUAAUUUACUACAACUACUAACUAAUAUGUGC